CGGUGUUACCAAUCUGGUGUUCAGGUGGUUGGGAUGAUGAAGACGAGCCCAAGGCAGAAGCGGAGAAGUUUGUAUUGAUCAGGCCGAUGUAUUGGCAAGCGGAGGCGUUCGGGUUAUGCAAUGAUGCAGGUGCAGAUGAUAGGUCGAGUAUGUGUCGAAGCCAAAGAUGAAACGGCGAAUGCGUGGUCGAGGGAAGAGGUUCAGGGUACGAGGUACCUUGAUGGUUCCUCGAAUAAGCUAUGCGCCAGGCUCGAAUGGGGAUGGCAGAUGGACAGCCAGGCAACGACGAGGCCGGGUUGGACGAAGAGAGACUAUACGGUGGUAUGGGAUGGAAGAGGAGGUGCGAAAGGGGUCGAGCUCAGUACGAUCGUUUCAGGGUCUGGAGGAGUCGGAGGACAACGGAGGAGACGGGGGCCUAGGUGUGCCCGAACGGGUGGCCGAUGGGAACGUCGAUGCGAAAAAGAGCGGAGAAACGGCAGAAGGAUAGGCAGCCGAGCAGGUUGAUGGAUGAAACGACGGACGGAUGAAGGCUCAAGGCACAGUAGAAUGGGGUCCAAGCUCCGACACCGACACUGUUGUACCUGGACGUCUACUAUCAGUACGGAAGUGUGGUUAUCGACAGCUGCUUUUCCUCCACCGCGGCAGACUGACGUCCUAUGUCAACUCAAUGACUCAGACCCGAUCGGCCGCAGGGUGGCCUCGUCCGUAUCAGUUGAUUCGAUGGUUCGGUAUUAG